AGGGUUCUUGAAAGAAGGUGCAUAGGUUAUUUUCAAUUUGAUUAGAACAUGACCUUGUGUAGGCAUGACAGGCAGGCUGUCUUACCUUGAUACAAUUUUAUCUUUUGAUAUCAUUUGCAGAGUUGAUUUAGAAUUCCCAAAGGUGGAUGUUCGGUUUCAAGAUCUAAAGGUAGAUGCAUUCGUUCAUGAAGGGAGCAGAGCAUUGCCAACCAUCCCAAAUUUCAUAUUCAACAUGACCGAGGCUUUUUUGAGAAAGUUGAGGAUAUUUCCCAGCCGGAGACGGAAGAGACUGUCCAUCCUAAAUAACAUCAGUGGUAUCCUCCGACCAUCAAGGUUGACUCUUCUUCUUGGCCCUCCAAGCUCUGGGAAGACUACAUUGCUUUUGGCUCUUGCUGGGCGCCUUGGACCUGGUUUGAAGAUGUCAGGGAAUAUUACAUACAAUGGGCAUAGUCUGAAAGAGUUUGUGCCUCAGAGAACGUCUGCUUAUGUCAGCCAGAAGGACUGCCACAUUGCAGAGAUGACAGUAAGGGAGACAGUCGAGUUCUCUGGACGUUGUCAGGGAAAUGGCUUUAAGCAUGAUUUGCUAAUGGAACUCUUGAGAAGAGAGAAAAUUGCCGGAGUUACCCCUGAUCCUGAUCUUGAUAUGUUUAUUAAGGCAGUGGCACUGGGAGAGCAGACACACAUUGUUGUGGAUUACAUUCUAAAGAUUUUAGGAUUGGAUACUUGUGCAAAUACAUUAGUGGGAGACGAAAUGCUCAAAGGGAUCUCAGGCGGACAAAAGAAGCGCCUUACAACAGGUGAAUUGCUAGUGGGAAGUUCAAGGGUACUAUUAAUGGAUGAGAUUUCAACAGGCCUAGAUAGUUCAACCACCUAUCAAAUCAUCAAGUAUCUUAAGCAUUCAACUCAUGCUUUCAAUGGGACUACACUAGUUUCUCUCCUGCAACCGGAUCCUGAAACUUACAGCCUGUUUGAUGAUGUCAUUCUGCUGAGCGAAGGGCAGAUCAUAUAUCAGGGUCCUCGAGAAAAUGCUCUUGAUUUCUUUAUGUUUAAUGGUUUUAGAUGCCCUCCUAGAAAAAACAUAGCUGAUUUUCUACAAGAGGUCACAUCUGAAAAGGAUCAAGGCCAGUACUGGUGCCUUAAUAGCCAGUACCGCUAUAUACCUGCAACGAAAUUUGUUGAAAACUUCAGAACCUUUCACAUUGGUAAGUCUUUGACAGAUGAGCUGAAAACUUCAAUGGGAAAGUGUUGUAGUGAGACAGCAGUGUUGUCAAAAAGAACGUACGGUGUGGAAAGGGCCGAGCUUCUAAAGAUUGGUUUCCAGUGGCAGAAGCUACUUUUGAAGCGAAAUGCAUUUGUUUUUGCUUUUAAAUUCAUCCAGCUCUUUAUGAUCAUUUCGAUCAUGAUGAGUGUAUUUUUUCGGUCAACAAUGCAUCACGAUACACUCGAAGAUGGAGCAAUAUAUCUUGGUGCACUCUACUUUGCAAUCCUUAUGGUUCUCUUCAAUGGAUUUUUGGAGGUUCCCAUGAUAAUAGCCAAGCUUCCGGUUCUUUAUAAACACAGAGAUCUUCGGCUAUACCCAUGUUGGACAUUUACCUUUCCUUCUUGGAUUUUGAGUAUCCCUACUUCACUUGCAGAAUCUGUGAUAUGGGUUGCAGCCACAUAUUAUACCGUUGGCUUUGAUCCUCAAAUAACAAGGUGCCUCAAGCAAUUUCUGGUGUAUUUCUCCUUGCACCAAAUGUCAAUUGGUCUUUUCCGUGUGAUGGCAUCACUAGGCCGAAGCAUGGUAGUAGCUAACACUUUUGGAUCAUUUGCAAUGUUGGUAGUCAUGGCUCUUGGUGGAUUUGUUCUUUCCAAAGAUUGCAUCCCCAGUUGGUGGAUUUGGGGUUACUGGUUUUCUCCACUGAUGUAUGCCCAGAAUGCAGCUUCUGUGAACGAGUUUCGAGGCCAUUCUUGGGAUAAGACCGGGGACACUGCUUUGCCGUUGGGUAAGAUGUUAAUGAAGGUCCGCAGCUUAUAUUCAGAAGAUUACUGGUAUUGGAUCGGAGUCGGUGCCUUGCUUGGAUAUACAGUAUUGUUCAACAUUCUCUUCACCUUAUUUCUGACUUACCUUAACCCUAUUGGGAGCCAACGAGCGGUUGCUCCUAAGAGGAAGCUGAAAUAUUGUGGGAAUGGCCAAGAAAAUGAACCCAGUAGCAUCAUCGAGCUUUCAGAAUAUUUGCAGCACUCGCCCUCCUCCUAUUCAGGGAAGGACGUUAAGAAUGGGAUGGUUCUUCCAUUUCAGCCUCUUUCCAUGUCUUUCAGUAACAUCAACUAUUACGUGGAUACCCCUCUGGAACUUAAAAGUGAAGGGAUAAAAGAGGAAAGAUUGCAGCUUUUGGUGAACGUCAGUGGAGCAUUUCGUCCGGGGGUGCUUACUGCACUAGUGGGGGUUAGUGGUGCUGGGAAAACUACACUAAUGGAUGUUUUGGCAGGUAGAAAAACAGGUGGGCAUAUUGAAGGUGAUAUAUUCAUUUCUGGCCAUCCCAAGAAACAAGAAACUUUUGCAAGAGUCUCCGGUUACUGUGAGCAGAACGAUGUUCAUUCCCCUUGCUUAACUGUCAAUGAGUCCAUUCUGUUUUCUGCUUGGCUCCGUCUCUCCUCUCAAAUAGACUUGAAAACACAAAAGGCUUUUGUGGAGGAGGUAAUGGAGCUAGUUGAGUUGACUCCUUUAGGGGGGGCAUUGGUUGGCCUUCCAGGGGUUGAUGGGCUUUCAACCGAGCAAAGGAAACGUUUGACAAUUGCCAUCGAGCUUGUUGCGAACCCAUCCAUAGUUUUCAUGGAUGAACCAACUUCUGGGCUGGAUGCCAGGGCUGCUGCCAUUGUCAUGAGAACUGUGAGGAACAUUGUUGACACUGGAAGGACCAUUGUGUGCACAAUUCAUCAGCCCAGCAUAGACAUCUUUGAAGCAUUUGAUGAGCUUUUGCUUAUGAAACGAGGCGGGGAGCUCAUCUAUGGCGGUCCAUUGGGCACUGAUUCCCAAAAACUCAUUCAGUAUUUUGAGGCAAUUGAAGGAGUUCCUAAAAUUCGUGCCGGAUACAACCCUGCAGCUUGGGUUCUUGAGGUCACUUCUCCAGCAGAGGAAAGCCGCCUUGGUUUGGACUUUGCAGACAUUUAUCAUAAAUCAAACCUGUUCCAGGAAAAUAAGGAUAUGGUGGAGAGAUUAAGCAAACCAAACACAGCUUCAGCGGAACUAAACUUCCCAAGAAAAUAUUCCCAGUCAUUUUCUGGCCAGUUUUGGGCAUGUCUUUGGAAGCAGAACCUGUCCUACUGGCGAAACCCACAAUACACCGCUGUUCGCUUCUUCUACACUGUCAUCAUCUCAUUGAUGUUUGGUUCCAUAUGCUGGAAAUUCGGUUCCAAAAGGGACACUCAACAAGACAUACUGAACGCCAUGGGAUCAAUGUAUGCAGCAGUUCUUUUCAUUGGAAUCACAAACGCCUCUUCGGUUCAGCCCGUGGUUUACACCGAAAGAUUCGUUUCAUACAGAGAGAGAGCUGCAGGAAUGUAUUCUGCUCUACCAUUUGCUUUUGCACAGGUUACGGUUGAGUUCCCUUAUGUGUUCAUACAGACACUCAUCUACAGCUCCAUAUUCUACUCGAUGGCGUCUUUCGAGUGGAGUGUUUGGAAGUUUAUUUGGUACAUAUGUUUCAUGUUCCUCACCUUACUAUACUUCACUUUGUUUGGGAUGAUGACUACGGCUGUCACUCCAAACCACAACGUCGCAGCCAUAGUUGCUGCGCCGUUCUAUAUGAUGUGGAACCUUUUCAGCGGCUUCAUGAUUUCUCGCAUGAGAAUCCCAAUAUGGUGGAGAUGGUACUACUGGGCGAAUCCGGUUGCGUGGAGUCUGUAUGGGCUUUUGACAUCUCAGUAUGGAGAUGUGAGUGAGCAUGUAAAACUAGCAGACGGCGUCAAUUCUGUGCCAAUCAAACAGUUUCUCAGGCAACAGUUUGGGUUCAGGCAUGAGUUCCUCGGCGUUGCCAUUAUAGCCGUGGCUGGUUUCUGCCUGGUUUUUGCCCUCACUUUCGGUUUUGCUAUCAAAUACUUCAACUUCCAGAGAAGGUGACCCAAAGGUGGCUACUUAGCUCGAAGCAAACCAAACAAGGUAACAUCAAAACCAAACACGCCCUUAGCUUUCUCGAUCUGCACUACCAUUGGUUUCGUAAUGCAUUUUUAUGACCCACUAUCAUUGGAUUCGAGUCGACCCAUGCGGUUAUGAGCGUUUAUAUUAAGAAUAUUGAUACUACCACUUGUAUUUUGCAUUAGAAUGUAAUAAAAUAUAAAAAAAUAUAUAUUAGAGAAUACUGGUACUAGCACUUAUAUUUCUCUUUGAUCUUCCUUUUAAUUUUUUUUUCAGUUUAUCAAAGAGAGAAAUAGAGGAACAACAACUUUGUCAUUGUUGCAGAUUAAUAAUGGUGCAACAUCUAUAGAAAUAGGGUGAAAUUUUAGCCCGGCCUAGUAGUAUGUAGCGGUUAUGUUGGUGUUGGGUGACGAUGAAGAUUGUAGUGGUGAGGGGCUGAGGGCAGGUGGUGGGGCACGAUGGUGAUUGUUGGUAGUGACAGAUGCCCAUCCUCGACGAGUUGUGGUGGACAUCAACAAUGGUUUCUUAUCGACGGUGAUGGUGGCAGUAUUUUGCUACAACUUGGCCAUCGAGACUAUAAUAGUGGUAACCGCCAACAUCGGUGGGGUGCGUUGUUGUCGACUGCCGUGAUGGUGGGCGGCCGAUAGUGGUUGUGGUUGUUGGCAACAACGAGUAGUCGUCGGUAACGACAUUAGUUGUGACAUGUAGCGACAAUGUUUGGCCAAUGG